AUGUCUGGACUGGUAUCCGAUGAGGUCGCCGAGGACUACAAGAACAACUUGGAAGACCUCACUACCAACGAUCGAUUUCAAAUCAGCAACUUGACCGUGAUCGCCAAGGAGAAUACGGAACAUGCGAUGGCCAUCUCGAGGGUCUUGGAGAAUCACAUACGAACAACACCGCCGCCGCAGAAGCUGCCGGCUCUGUAUGUAGUCGAUUCCAUCGUCAAGAACGUUGGAACCCCCUACACCCUCUUCCUGGGACGGAACAUGUAUCAGACCUUCAUGAAUGCGUACUCCCUGGUUGACCAACAGACACGUCGCAAGCUCGAUGAGAUGCUCAGGACAUGGAAGGAGCCUGUUCCGGGCUCCUUGGAUACAAGACCAGUCUUCUCCCCGGAUAUCACUCGAAACAUCGAAAACGCUUUGAUCAAAGCACGCACCGCCAUUCUUGAGAACCAGAAAGUCCGCCAGCCGGAUAUUCGCGGUCGCAGCAGUGCCACUCCAACUAGAUGGAACCCUACACCUCCACAUGGCACGCGGCCGAACCAUCCUGUCGCCGGUAACGGGGCAUUCAACACACCGACUCCGCCUUAUGGCCAUCGCCCAGAUAUCCAGCUAGAAUCACUUAAUAGGGACCUGGAGGCGCUGAUUGGCUCGGCCAGGAACGACUUUGCCAAUAGUCCCUUUAAUCCAACCUCUCAACAGCGCCUGAAGGCACUACUUGAUCUCCAGCGAAUUUUGCAAAGCCAACAGCUUCCUCCAGAUCAGUUGAAAACUGUCCGCGAUCAGCUCGCUACAUAUGCGGUCCCGCAAGCUCCCGCUCAAGAGAAUGCUGCCCCUGUCCCGGCACACCCAAUUCCAGUGGCUACACCCCCCACAUUACCUGCUUCACAACCGCUGCAGCACAUGUUGAACCCUGAUAUACUCGCAGGGCUCCUCAAAGCAACGGCUGGUAAUCAACAGCCGACACCUCCGCCGCAGUUCGCCCCAGGCUCUUUCAAUAUCUCUCAAAUGCCAACCGCCAGCACCCCACAGCCUGCCGAAAAUCCCCUGAUUGUGGCCCUUAGAGCCCGUGGCCUGCUUCCUUCUGCCUCUGCGCCGCCGUCCUUGGCCUCUGGAACACCACCAACCGGAGGUUCCCUUCCAUUUAUGAUUCCUGGUCAAGCACAAUCUACACCUCCCCCUGCGACACCGCAAAUAUCAAUGUCGUCUUCGUCCACGGUACCUAUGAGCACCGCAUCUAUGAAAAUCCCUCGAAUCACUCUUGUCGUUUCGCUUUAUGAGGCGAAGUCUAACAAAUGUGGCACUUGUGGCCGCCGCUUCCCUACUACGGACGAAGGCCGGGAAAAGAAAGCCCGUCAUCUGGAUUGGCACUUCAAGACCAACCAGCGUAUGGCUGAUGCUGCUAAGCGAGCUCAGACCCGCAGCUGGUAUGUCGACGAAAGGGAUUGGAUCAAAUCCAGAGAGCCCAGUGAUGACCAAAACCCGGACGACACCGAGGCCACAGCCGAAGGAUCUGCGGGAGCAGAUGGAGGUUCCAAGCAAGGACCACCCAAGCCCUGGAUUCGGGCUCCAAAUGAAGCCACUCUCCGAAAUACCCCCUGUCCCAUCUGCCAGGAGAAAUUCGAGUCUACGUGGUCAGAGGAUGUGCAAGACUGGAUUUGGCAAGACGCAGCUAAGGUCGGCAAUCGUGUUUAUCAUGCCAGUUGCUAUGCCGAGGUGACCAAGGACGGUCCGGCGCCGCGGGCCUCCACACCGCAAGCGCGGACUGGUACGCCUGACUCAGUGCUGGGAAAGCGAAAGGCAGAGGGGGAAUCUCCAGGACAGAAAGUGCGAGUCAAGACGGAACAGUGA